GUCUUUCUUCUUUAUCACUGCGGGCAAAUAAAAACAGGAAAGAAAUUUUAUCAAUCCCUGAUUUGCACAAAGAUGGAAGACUUUGCAGUGACCUCGGAUUUCUAAAGAAAGUGUUUUGGACCACAGCCUGCCACUUUCAGAUCACUUGGACUCUGGUGGCUUGGAGAGUGAGGCAGAGCCAGAAGGCACGGAAGCCCCUGAUCCGUGGAGCUGCUUCCAGACAGGUUGCUGAGAAUGAUGGGAAGCGCGUGUAGAAUGAAAUACAAAUUUUUGGAAAGCCCCUUGGGAAGAAUAGAAAUUUCAGGAUGUGAAGCUGGGGUGCAUAGAAUAAAGCUUCUGGAAAAAAUGGUUCAAAGACCUGACAGUAGCAGCAGCCGCCAGGCCUCCUUUUCUGGGGAAGGACUCAAGGGCCCAGAGGAAACGACCGCGGCAUUGGACGAGUGCGCUGCCUGGCUAGCGGCCUAUUUCCACGCUCCAGAGACCGUGGAAGAUCUCCCUCUGCCUGCCUUCCAUCAUCCCAUCUUCCAGCAAGACUCUUUCAGAAGACAGGUGUUGUGGAAGCUGAUGGCAGCAGUGAAAGUGGGAGACACCGUUUCCUACCAGCAGCUUGCAGCCCUGGUGGGGAAGAGCGGAGCCGCCCGAGCUGUCGGGGGAGCCAUGAGGGACAACCCGAUCCCAAUCAUCAUUCCAUGCCACCGAGUGAUCUGCAGCAGUGGAAAAAUUGGCAACUACACGGGAGGAGUGGGCAUAAAGGAGUGGCUUCUGGACCAUGAGAAGCGUGUGAAAGGAAAGUGGGCCGACUAAGGCUGCCCACCGCUAGCGCCAGGCCGCUUCUACCCCCAGGCCCAGCACAGAGCAUAGCUUCGCAGCCAGAUCACACAAUGCACGCAUGCACAGGCAGAAUUUAGUGGGGGGGGGGAGUUGUUAAACGUUUGAGGGUUACGCAGAUAGAAUGCAGCAUCCAAGGGCUGUGGGCCGGCAUGGGGUGGCACCCUAAGUUAAAGAAGCAGGUUGGCUCCCGGGGGACCCCACUGGUGCCCCCUUUCUGGCAGCGAGUCCAGCGACCGGCGCCUGGCAUCACCGCCUGUACUUUGUUCCCGUCUCCAGCCCUGUUUGUGUUCUAUUUUUAAUGCCCGUUAAAGCAAGGAUAAGGGAGUGGGAGGGGCCUGGGGUGAGGGGUGCCGUGGCCCCUGGAAGGAAGCAUCUGGCUCACCAAGGGGGCAGCCAGGAGCCAAAGGCCCAGCAGAAGCUGCCACACACGCCCCUGGUUCCUGCUCCCCCUCGGGUAUUUGCCAAGGCUGGAAAGCUGACCGUCUGCCAGAAGUACUGCCCAAGAUUCUCCUGCUUGCUUUGAGGUUUGAACUGUGGAAAUGGUGUUUUCCAGCUCUCACUGCCACCCCUUCCUUCGCCGUCCUUCAGAAGGAAAUCACCAGUGAAUCACCCUUCCCACUCCUGGAGAUGCUGAGACAGUGGUAGUCGAUGUCACCAAAACCAGACCUGAAAGCCUUCUUUUAGGAAUGCGAUGGGGCAGGGGAGGAGGAGAGAGUUGCUUGUUUGCUUCUGCUAACGUCUGUUGCAUUUGAGGUGUUUGGGGUGCGGCUUUCUGAGAAAUAAAGCUUUACAUCAAGGUUUGCA